AUGAAGGGAUUCAAGAAAACGCACCUUACAGUUGAUGACUGCGAAGCUCUGGCACGGAGCACAGAAGGUUCAUCCCCCCUGACGCAGCCAUUGAGUCAAAGAAAAAGUAGAUCAGAUGUAAACAGGGGCCUCUACCCCACCCACCGGACAAGGAGACAUCAAGGAGGCCAAGGUCAGCAGAAGAACAUCACUGAUUACUUCAGGAUCUCUCAGAUACAACAAGUAGGUGCUGGUGGGACGAAGAGCAGUAGAAUCAAAGAAGAGCUACCAGAUCCCAUCUUCACUGACCCUGAUGAUUCCUUCAGCGAUGCCUCCACUGUGGUGGAGAUCAGCAGCGAUUCCUGCUCUUUUCUGGAGGAUGAGGACCUUGCACCUCCUCCCAGGGAAAGCUCCAGAAAACGGCCUCUGUCCACUGCAGCUGCAGGUGUUUGCAAGCCAGAGCAUGAUUUGUGGGGUGAGCCUGAGAAGAAGCCAAUGGUGCUUCAUCCAGAACACAGCCAGAUCAAGCAGGAACUUGACGAUAUGGAAAUUGAACCGGUCCCUGAUGCACACUACGGACUCCUGGGGACUCGGAACUGGGAAUUGCCUCAGGGAAGUAUUGACGAGCUGCCUGUUGAAGUCCUGAGGCACAUCUUUGCUUUCCUACCAGUGACUGAUUUGUAUCAGAACCUGAGCCUGGUGUGUCGCUGCUGGAGGGCGAUAGUCAGUGAUCCACUGUUCAUUCCUUGGAAAAAGCUGUACCACCAGUACGUAAUGAAGGAGGCCAUGGCCCUGCACAGAGUUGCACAGAUCUUGCAGGUUUUCGCCAUAACAAAGGAGCAGGAAGAGUGUGUUUUGGGGCUGAUCAGGUGCGUGUCUGCCAUAUCCACCGGACGGAAGGUAGAUCCCAGUGUGGUUCUCCGGUGUUUGAGGAGUCAUCAUCUCUUCUUAAAGGCUGAAGUCUGCAUCACCAACAAACUGCCGCAUUUACAGAGCAGGGCGGGGCUUGAGAACAUGUGGGCCAUAAUCACAGUCAUGGUGCUUUUCUCUGAUGGUGUCAGCGACAUCCAAAAGCUGAUGGCAUGUCUACAGAGACCCGACUCUACCCUCUCUGUUGUGGACGUGACUGAGACACUUUACUGCAUAGCCACGCUGCUGUACGCAAUGAGGGACAGGAACAUUGCGAUCACUAACAGGAUCCAUUACAAUAUUUUCUACUGCUUGUAUCUGAUGGAAAAUACUUCUGUAACUCUGCAGACAGUAGAAGAGGAAACACUGGCGGCACGCUGCAGACAAGACUUCUGGUCUGGUAGCUGGCCUGAAGUAAAGCUGACCCACGAACAGCAAAGGAUUUUGAAUCACAAAAUUGAGCAUGGUCAAAUAGUGAAAAUUAUGGCAUUUGCAGGUACAGGAAAAACCUCAACCUUGGUGAAGUAUGCAGAGAAGUUUGCUGAUCUGAAUUUCCUUUAUGUGACAUUUAACAAAGCUGUCGCAGAGAGGGGGAAAAGCGUCUUCCCGAGAAACGUUACGUGCAAGACUUUCCAUUCGUUGGCAUUUGGAAGUGUCGGCAAGCACUAUAAAGAAAAAGGCAAGUUAAACUUCUCCAAGAUGUCAGUUUACGCCAUCAGUUCGCUUAUCCAGAACCGCGAGGGACAAUCUCUGUUCAUAAGAGGGAAAACAGUCUCACAGACCCUUGAAAACUUUUUUGCCUCUUCAGAUGAAGAGAUCUGUGAGGAGCACACUCCUAUUUGGUUCAAAAAUACUCAUGGCGAGAGAAAACUUGUCAGUCAAGUAGAAAAGAAAAUCAAUGUGGAAGAGGCAAAAGAGAUAUGGCGCAACAUGAAGAAGCUGGACGGAGACGUAGAGAAGAAAUACAAGAUGACUUCUGAUGGGUAUUUGAAACUUUGGCAGCUCAGCAAGCCUCAGCUCUUAGGGUAUGAUGCCAUUUUUGUCGAUGAAGCACAGGACUGCACGCCAGCCAUCGUGGAUAUUGUGCUGUCACAAAAAUGUGGCAUAAUCCUCGUAGGAGACCCUCACCAGCAGAUCUAUACCUUCCGAGGCGCUGUCAAUACCCUCUACUCGGUGCUUCACACCCAUGUCUACUACCUCACACAGAGCUUCAGAUUUGGUCCUGAAAUAGCUUAUGUUGGAGCAACCAUCCUGGAUGUCUGCAAGAGCAUCAGGAAUAAGACAUUAGUGGGUGGAAACCAAAAAGGUGAUGUGAGAGGCAGCAUGGAAGGGAAGAUAACAGUCUUAUCACGAAGCAAUUUUAACGUGUUCGAGGAUGCUGUGAAACUUACUGGAAGAGAGAAACUGAUUAAAAUACACGUGAUUGGGGGGCUUGCCCGUUUUGGCCUGAGCAGAAUUCAUGAUAUUUGGAAACUCAGUCAACCCGCAGAUGAACGGAAAAAAGCGAACCUUGUUAUAAAUGACUCCUUUAUCAAAAGAUGGGAAGAGACUCAGGGCUUCUUUGGUUUAAAGGAAUAUGCCGAGCGCAUCGAUGACAAAGACCUGGAAGUGAAGAUUGCGAUAGUGGAGAAAUACAAAGAGCGGAUCCCUGAGCUGGUGCAGAAGAUUGAGAGCAGCCAUGUGUCACAAGAAGCCAUGGCAGAUUACCUAAUAGGUACUGUCCAUCAAGCCAAAGGGCUGGAGUUUGACACGGUGCUGAUUGCAGAUGACUUUGUGAAUGUACCGUGUCCCAGUGGCGAUUACCAGAGAAGAACUAACUUCAGUAUUGGCAUGUACCCUGAGGAUGAAUGGAACCUGCUCUAUGUCGCAGUGACACGUGCGAAGAAGUAUUUGCUGAUGUCAAAGUCCCUGGAGCACCUUUUAGCAUUGGCUGGGGAGCGUUUCCUUCGGGUGGAGCUGAUGAGCGAGGCUGCGAAGGACGGGGCCGCCAUCGCCUGUUCGGUGCCACAGUGUAGGGGAACACUGCAGUGCAGCUCCCCGCUGGUUGUGAAGAAACUCCCUUUGACUCACAGCAAUGGCAGCAAGGAUGCAGGUGGUUACCUUUGCCACGCUUGCACACAGCAGCGCUUCGGCUCUCUGACACCACUGACCUUUUUCCCAGUGCUUCAGGAACAGCCCGUCUAG